AUGGCCAGCAAGCUCUACAGAAACAGGGCUCUGGCCUCAGCCCUACGACCGGCGAACCCAUCGGUCGCAGUUCGCCACGAGGCUGCUGUGCGUUGUUUCGCGACAACCGCCCGCAAUAGCGUCGCCCUCCCCAAAGAUGUCCAGAACCCGCGCGCCGCGCCCCGCGGCCAAGUCGGCACCCCUCUUCAGGCACCUCUCGUCAAUCCGGCCGACAAAUACCAAUCCAAGUCCGAUAACAUGCACAAGUACGGGUCAUGGCUCAUGGGCUGUCUCCCCAAGUACAUCCAGCAGUUCUCGGUCUGGAAAGACGAAUUGACCAUCUACAUCCCCCCCUUCCGGCGUUAUCCCGACAACACCGCCGCCGAGUUUACCCAGAUGAGCACCAUCACGGCCGUGGACUUUCCUACCCGCGAUCAACGGUUCGAAAUCGUCUAUAACUUGCUCAGCGUCAGGCACAACUCCCGAAUCCGCGUCAAGACUUAUGCGGACGAGACCACGCCGGUGCCCAGCGCCACCCCUCUGUUCGACGGCGCCAAUUGGUACGAGCGGGAAGUCUAUGACAUGUUCGGCGUGUUCUUCCUCAAUCACCCCGACCUGCGCCGUAUCAUGACGGAUUAUGGUUUUGAGGGCCACCCGCUACGGAAGGAUUUCCCGGUCACGGGCUAUACCGAGAUUCGGUGGGACGAGGAGAAGAAGCGCAUUGUCACAGAGCCGCUCGAGCUUACCCAGGCAUUCCGCAACUUUGAGGGCGGAUCCAGCGCGUGGGAACAGAUUGGUCCCGGUGUAGACCGGACACCCGAAACCUUCAAGUUGCCGACACCAAAACCGGAGGAGAAGACGGAGGAAAAGAAAUAG